AUGUCUCAAGAACUUCGUCCUUUGCGAUUCAAAUCCUUUCCCGAAUCGUAUUGCGUAAUUAGCCGCUUAGGAAUCGGCAGUUUCGGAUGUGCGUUAUUGGCCAAGUAUCGCAUGAGCAUGCCUUCUCUCCUUGCAUCUAGAACAGGUCGAAAGGGAACCUUGAUGGCUCCUGUCGAGGGAAAGACUCCCGAGAAGGAAUACUUAAACGGUCUUAUGGCAGUUAAAGUGAUGAAAAAGCGCUUCGUGAAUCCUUUAGAUUACCUUGAAGUCAACGAGGUCAGGUUCAUUUUGACGAUUCCUGCCCAUCCGAACCUCAUGCAGAUAUUUGAUAUGUUCGUCGACUCAUUCAGUGGGAAGCUCCAUAUUUCCAUGGAGGCAAUGAAUCUGAAUUUGUAUCAAUUUCUCGACAAAAAUGAGCAGAAGCCCCUCUCUGACGCCGUGGUCAAGAGUCUUUUGGCACAACUCCUCGGCGCUAUCCGCCAUAUCCAUUCUUAUGGCUACUUUCACCGUGACAUUAAGCCGGAAAACAUAUUAUUAACUGGAAGUAGAACAUAUUAUGGAAAAGAUGUCCCUGCGUCUGUGGUGGCCAAGGAUGCUUUCGUGCUUAAGCUCUGCGACUAUGGCCUUGCCAGACACGUCGAAAAUUCCAUGUGUCUCACUCAGUAUGUGUCAACUCGAUGGUACCGGGCCCCCGAGAUUCUCUUGCGUCUGAAGCAAUAUUCUUACCCUAUUGAUAUCUGGGCUUUUGCUUCUGUAGGGGUGGAGAUCUUGACCAACCGUCCUUUGUUUCCAGGUAUGAAUGAGGCGGACCAACUUUGGCAAAUCCUUAAGGAAUUAGGGAACCCUUCCAUAGGUGAUCGCAGCGAUGAGGAUAUGGGUGGGGAAUGGUUGGAGGGUGUCGAUUUGGCACAAGAGAUGGGCAUUCAAUUGCCAAUCCUUCAGCCAAAAAGCAUAUAUACCCUCGUAGAUUGCCGUCAACCUGAAUUGGCUUGUCUCUUAAGACAAUGCUUGUUGUGGGAUCCUGACAUGCGUCCUACCGCGAACGAAUUGGCUCGUAUGUCCUACUUUGCAAACACCUCUGUUCAUGACGAGGUAGCGUUGCUCGAGCUGGGCGGCUCGUCUUUCUUUGAGCAUGAGGUAGCAGACUGCACUGUUCCCCUCCACAGUCCGUUGAGUUUGACACUUCCUCAACGGAAAUGUGCCAGUGAAGAGGGCCGUUCCCCUGUACUUUUGGGACAUGCGACCCAGAACGUGAAUGCAUUCUAUGAGCAAAGCUACCGCUACAAGAAUUGGAGUAAAUCUACAAAUGAAGUUGAUGCUAGUUUGAACGGAGCCUAUGGUAGUGAACUCGACAUCUCCAUCGAUUUGGACAUCCCCGACGAAGAUUUGCCACGUAGAGCCGCUAUCGAGACACCGCCCAAUGCAGCAGUCUUGAGUCGCUUUCAUUUAGAUGCCGACACAUCCAUGGAGAGCCAUGGAAUUCUGUGUUAG